AUGGCGAUGGUUGCGUCGAACAUGAGCGGCCACAUACAGAAGCAGCUCACCAGGAGCCUCGAGCGGAUCCUGGAGGAGGCGCACCUAAGCGGCGAGCUCAAGCUGAGCGGCCGUAAGCUCAAAGACUUCCCGAAAGUCGGAAAAGUUGGCGCGGCUAAAUACAAUCUACAAGAUACCGUAAUCGCCGACCUUUCGAAGAAUCGUUUCAGUGAGUUACCGGAGGAAGUCACAGAAUUUUCAUUCCUCGAAAAGCUGCAUCUUUAUCAUAAUGCCAUAAGAAUAAUCCCGGAAACCGUCGUAAUGCUCCAAUCCUUGAACUACCUCGAUCUUAGUCGAAACCAAUUGACGUCGCUACCUCGAGAGAUAUGCAGGCUACCCCUUCAAACGUUGCUAGUCGCACACAACAGAUUAGCAUCUUUGCCAGAUGAAUUGGGCAGGAUGACAGUAUUGGCAGAACUGGAUGCAGGUUGUAACGAAAUCACGAGUCUUCCACCUCGAAUGGGCGACCUUGCGCAACUUCGGUCUCUAGACUUGAGGAGCAACUUGCUGGUGCACCUGCCUAUAGAACUGACGUACCUGAGGCUCGUGAAGCUGGAUAUUAGCGGUAAUCGAAUAUCUGUGCUUCCAAACGAGAUGAGGAAGAUGAAGAGCUUGGUGGAUUUCAAAUUAUCCGACAAUCCGCUCACCUCGCCGCCUGCCUCGCUAUGCAUUCGCGGGCGAACGCACAUUUUCAAGUACUUGGAGAGGCAGGCAGCGAAACACGAGAGGGCCAGAGGCGGUCGAACGCGACGGGCACCUCUGGAUGCAAGAGGUCAUGCGACGUUGGACACGAGGUCGCAUCGACGGCACAACGUUGACAGUGGAUACAGCACCAGUGACGGUGUCGACAAGCGUUGGUCCCAAGAGAUCCACAGCGCGGUACACGACGGCGAAGUUCGCAGCUUGUGGCGGCAGGAAUGUUCACCGCUCUCGAUAACGCUACCGCACGAGGUAGGCGUGAACGGAUCUUGUAGUGGCACGUCGACGCCCAGCACGAUUUCACCCGGGGAGCACACGUCCCUGGAGGAUGAGUUGGGCAAGGCGAUGGUACUGCACGAUCAACUGGAAAAGAGGAGAUUAGAGAGGAGUACGUCGGAGAAUGGGGCAGACAUUAGAAGACCAAUGAUCUCCGGCCUUCAUCACACAUCGAUUACGCCACCUGGCCAUCUGGAGUCCACGCAUUUGACGAGUCAAUCGCAGCAGAUAUCAUCCGCACAGCAAUCAGUACACCCGCUUCAAACUGCAACGGGUACCGCUGCAAUGAUGAACGGCGACGAUAAGAGGCCGUUCAAUCAUAUACAGACGUAUAGGGAGUACAAAGAAGCUCUGAAGCAGCAGAGGGCUAACGAAGGUCUAAGCGUAUACAGACCUCGCGAGCAAGUGACGCCUCCAGGCAACGAGAUGCAAAACGAAACCGACAUGGGCAACAAUAAAGAAACCAUUGCUCUAACUGGCAAGCAAAUCUUCAACGAAGAUAACGCAUUAAAGAGGCCAGUGCAGAAAGUUACUCCGUCGCGAAUAAACUACCAAAGCACUCCAAUUAUCAACGGUAGUAAUAACGAUUACAAUAAUAAAAACGGAAAAUAUCUUGAGCAACCUUAUAAAAAACCUAGCUCGCCUAUUAAAACUUCGAGUAGUAUUCUCUCCACGAAUACGAGUCCAGCGCAUGCGCCCAGAUUGGUGAAAACCGCUGUUGGUUACGUUGAAGGCAACAACAGUCCCAGUAGAAACGGCGGCAGUCCGAAAUCCCCGCGAUCCGUCACAUGGAAUAGUAAUGUGCCUGAAAAGUAUUCCUUUACUAUGAGGAGAGAGUUUGAACGUGCCAAAGAAGAGGCUGAUCUCAUCGAACAACUACGAAAUCAUAUAGAGACAAGAUUGAAGAUGGCAUUGCCAGAGGAUCUCGCACCAGCGUUAACGGAUGGUGUUGUUCUUUGUCAUCUGGCGAAUCACGUUAGACCGCGAUCAGUUGCUAGUAUACAUGUUCCUUCUCCCGCUGUACCUAAGCUGACAAUGGCACGAUGCAGGCGUAACGUUGACAACUUUCUCGAGGCAUGUCGGAAGAUUGGCGUUGAUGAGAAUCUCAUAUGCUGUGCCAGCGACGUCUUGGAGGGAGGUCGCGGGGUCGUACGUGUCGCAGUCACUGUGUCCGAACUAUUGAGGUUUCACCAAACACGUUCACCCUUACAGACGUCCUCGAGUAUGCCGAACCACGUGCCUGCUUAGCGCCAGACUAUCUAAUUUGCGGGGUCGCCUAGCGAGAGAAUCCGGAGUCCAUCUUCCUCUCGGGUAGGAAGAGGCAAAGAGGUGAGGAUGAACUGCGAGCGAGGUGACAGCGACGGAUGUGCUCGAAAUGCACUUAAGAUGUGCUCCUAGACAGAGACAGAUGAGGAGCUCGACGUAACUCUCCUUUCCUUCGAAUCGUAAAGAUUGAACUGAAAUUUGUUCAGUCGCUUCAAUUUCAGCGUAAACGAUAUGUUCGCAGAUCAGCAAUUUG